AUGACUGUUGAUGAGCAGAAGAGAUGGGAUAAGUUUGACAAGAUGAAGCUGCAGACUUAUGAUGGACAUCCAGAUGGUGAUGCUUAUGAGUUCUUGGUUAGCUGCCACGAGCAAUUGGACACCCUUGGACUAGUGGAUUCCAAUGGUGUGGGGUUUGUGGCGAUGCAGGGCUCUAUGAGUGUUACUAAGUACGAGAUGGAGUUUCUUGCCUUGUCCUAUCAUGCUUUCACUAUUCUACCUGAUGAGGCGGAGAGGAUCCGCAAGUUUAUUCUAGGUUUAUCGUAUCAUCUUAAGGUUGCUGCUAUGUUUGCUUCCUCUUUAGGAAAAGACUUUCAGGGUGUUGUUGAUGCUCCGCAGGGUCUUAGUGGUGGAUACAGUCCGAGGCAGAGCUCUCAGUCCUCAUAUUCUCGCCUAGGUGGUCGUGGUGGUUAUUCCGAUUCUUCUCCUCAGCCAACAGCCCGUAGUGGAUGUUUUGAGUGUGGUCAGGUUGGCAUUAUGCCAGAGAUUGCCCUAGAGCUCGACAGGGUGGAGGGUGGUACCCAGACCAGCCGUGGAGGUGGUCGUGGGGGUUCACAGUCUAGUAGUGGUGGAGCCCAGUGUUAUGCAUUAUUGGGUGGAUCACAGGCAGAUGCCUCAGAUGCUGUGAUUACAAGUAUGACCGAUUUUGAUGUGAUUCUAGGGAUGAGUUGGUUAUCCCUGUACCAUGCUAUCUUGGAUUGUCAUGCCAAGACGGUUACUUUAGCCAUGCCUAGGACUCCUAGGUUAGAGUGGACGAGUACGGUUACUCACGCGCUUAAGUGGAUAGUAUCAUUUCUUAAGGCGCAUCGGAUAGUUGAGAAAGGGUGUCUAGUUUAUCUUACUUAUAUUCGUGAUACCAGUGCCAAGAAUCCUCCGCUUGAGUCGGUACCGGUUAUGAGAGAGUUGCCUGAGGUGUUCCCUACUGAUCUUCUUGGUAUUGAUCCGGACCAGGCUAUUGAUUUCCAUAUUGAGGUUGAGCCGAGCACCAGGCCCAUUUCUAUUCCCCUUUGUCAGAUAGCUUCUGCAGAGUUGAAGGAAUUGAAAGAACAGUUGCAAGAUUUGUUGAGUAAAGGAUUUAUUCAUCCUAGUGUGUCCUCGUGGGGGAGUAAGGCGGAGCACGAGAGGCAUUUGAGGAUUGUUCUUGAGACUUUAAGGGAGAAAAGGCUUUAUGGUAAGUACUCCAAGUGUGAUUUCUGGCUUAGUUCUGUGGCAUUUUUGGGGCACGUGGUGUCCAAGGAUGAUAUCAUGGUUAACCCACAGAAGAUUGAGGCUAUUCAUGAUUGGGGCAGGCCCACUACAGUUUCAGAGGUUCGGAGAUUCAUUGGUUUGGCUAGUUACUAUCGAUGUUUCAUUGAGGAAUUUUCUGCUAUAGCAUCUCCCCUUACCAGAUUGACCCAGGCUGUUCCUUUUCAGUGGUCAGAUGAGUGUGAGGCGAGCUGCCUAAAGCUCAAAGCCUUGUUGAUUCCAGCUCCCGUUUUUACUCUUGCUGUGGAGGGAGAGGGUUUUACCAUGUAUUAUGAUGCUUCGAGGUUGGGUCUUGGUUCUAUUCAUAUGCAGAAAGGGAAGGUCAUAGCCUAUGCUUCCAGGCAAUUGAAGGUGUACGAGAAGAACCACCCCGUUCAUGACUUGGAGUUAGCGGCGGUGGUGUUUGCUUUGAUGAUCUUGAGGCACUAUCUCUAUGGUGUGCAUUGCGAGGGUUUCACUGAUCACAUAAGGAUCUUUAACAUAUGUUCAACCAAAAGGAUCUGA